UAGGACAGGACAGAGUUCCUCUGUAGCUAACUCUGGGCAACAAGACUUUGGAAUUCCUUGGAGAAACUUGGCUUAGCCUUUCAAAGAAAACGUGCUUAACCAUAUCACCUUUUUCACGAGAAAGCCUUUUUGUUUUAGAUUGUAACGGCUUGGACUUUAAGGGCCAGGAUUAUCGUUCGGCGCGAACAAAAGGACAUAGAUUUUUUAAGAAAAUUGGAUUCCAAAGCAGGAUCGCUCCUGUCUUCUUAAAACCGCUUUGGAAAAUGAGUAACUGAUGAGUUAAGAUUAUUAUUUUUUUUUUUUUUAGCAUACAGACAGUUUUAUUUUGUUUGCUCAGUUUCGGAGCUAUGUUCCCCCUCCCUGGUUUACCCAUCUUCACCCCUGACCAGGUGGCUCGGGUCUGUGAGAAUCUCGAGGAGACAGGAGAUAUUGAGCGCUUGGGGCGGUUCCUCUGGUCUCUGCCCACGCCCGUGCCAGGCUCUGCCAGCGAUGCCCUGAACCGCCACGAGUCAGUCAUGCGUGCUCGGGCGCUGGUGGCUUUUCAUAGUGGCAAUUUUGAAGCUCUGUACCAGAUUCUGCAGAACCACCGCUUCACCCGAGAUUCCCACGGCAAGCUGCAGGCCCUGUGGCUGGACGCCCACUACCGAGAGGCUGAGAGACUCAGAGGGCGCCCCCUAGGGCCCGUAGAGAAGUACCGCAUCCGCAAGAAGUUCCCUCUGCCCCACACCAUCUGGGACGGAGAACAGAAGACUCACUGCUUCAAGGAGCGAACUCGGAGUAUGCUGAGGGAAUGGUACCUGCAGGACCCCUACCCCAACCCCUCCCGAAAACGGCACCUCGCCCAGGCCACCGGCCUCACCCCCACACAGGUGGGCAACUGGUUCAAGAACCGACGGCAACGAGAUCGCGCAGCUUCAGCUAAAAACAGGUUGCAGCAGGACUCCAGCCUCCUGUCCUCUGGUUCCCAGGACUGUCACCCCCACCUCCAGCAGGGGUCCCCCCCUCAGCCAGGGAGCCCCGAGACCAGCGACUGCAGCACCGGCACAGAGCAGCGUGAGACCUCCACCCCCAACAUCUCUGUGUGCAGCGACAGCGACUUCGACCCCUGAGACCCCCGGACCGCCAGGACCGGCAUUGGAAAGGGGCGGUGAAUGAGACUUCAUACAGUGUGGCUCACAGGACAGCUCUUUCUCUGCAGCCCAGCCUCGGACUGGAAAGUGCAGCACAUUCUACAUCUCUUGACGGUGGAAUGAAAUGUUAUGUUGAGGAAGCACCUGCCGAUCGAUCUCCUCCACUGUGACUGAAACGGGCUUGAAACAAGGAAGCUGCUUCUGUAAAUCAGUCAUGUGAGGGAACCCUUGUAAAAGUUUCCCAUGGUAAAAGUUUGAUAAAGCACAGUGAAAGUAUGGUACAGCACAGGUAAGCAUUGUAAAGCACAGAGAGGUAAGGUAAAGCAUAGGUAAGCAUUUUAAUGGCACAGAGAGGUAUGGUAAAGCAUAGACAAGCAUUGUAAAGCACAGAGAGGUCUGGUAAAGCACAGGGAAGCAUUGUAAAGCACAGAGAGGUCUGGUAAAGCAUAGACAAGCAUUGUAAAGCACAGAGAGGUAAGGUAAAGCAUAAGCAAGCAUUGUAAAGCACAGAGAGGUAUGAUAAAACAUAUUAAGAAACAUGGCAAACCAUGGUACGUUAUGCUAAAUGUAUACUAUAACCUUGGGUAAAGCUUACUGUGGUAAACUUUUACAAGGGACAGCCCGUUUACAGGGCUGCAGUUUCUUUUUCCAGGAAAAGACUCCAUUGUGGCUCAAACAAAGGAGUCGACCCCCUGUGUAAACUAUACACCAGAAGAGCCAAGAUGGCUGACAUAAGGCUGCAGUUUUUUCUUCCAGAAGA